AGGUCAGGGCUGAUCUCAGGGGCAGGCAUGUCCGUGAGACAGUGCCAACAGGACUUUCCAUAGAGCAGGGACUCCUGAAGUUGGAAGGGCAGGAACAUUGAGUCUUGUCAAAAGGAAAGGAGCCUGCUUCUGAACUGGAGUGCUGGAGCCCCAGGCCUGGGCCUUGCCUCCUCCGGGCAGGGCGAGCCCUGGUUUACACUGGCUGGGGAGAUCCCACAUUGCGUACAUCUCUGCAACUCAGAGUCAUCGAUGUGUUAGAAGCUCAAAGUGGCCAUACUGGGGGAUUUACUUCCUAGGGAUUGGCAGAUGCUGUAAAGUCACAGCUUCUGUUCCUUCAAAAAUUGGGUCCGUGGCCAUGGCAUGUAUGGUGAACCCCAAAAAGAACUACGUGGACCUAGACAUAUACCAGAGCUCCUACAUGGUCGACUAUAAGCCCUUCACGAAGCACAAAUACUCCAGAGUCACACCACAAGAGCAGGCCAAACUUGACACUCAGCUCCGAAACAAAGAGUUUUACCGGCCCAUGCCCAACCCCAACCCCAAGUUGGAGGAUGGGUACCCUGCCUUCAAAAGACCCUACAUGACUGCAAGAGACUUGGGAGUCCCUGGCUUCUUCCCACCACAGGCUCCGGUCGCCCCUGUGAAGAAUGAGAGCCGGUUCACCAGCACCUGCCAUGUUGCAUACCCAGCUUCCCUGGCUCUGUACAUGGCCCAGUUUGAGCCCCACCGGCUUCAUCAAAGAACAGACUUCCCAUGCCUCAUGGAGCCUGAGCUGCAGCCUGCUCCAGACGUGGCCAAAGGCUACCUUCUCCUCCCUGGCUGUUCCUGUCCUUCUCAUCAGAGAGUCAAGGUCCCCAUCUUGAACAGGUGGGGCCCCUUGAUGCCAUUUUACCAGUAGAGGUGUGAGAAUGCCUGUUGUCUCAAUGCGUGAGGAAAUUCCACACCAACGCUCACAGAGAAGGCACCAAAAAUAAACCUGGGAAGAUGUUCCUUA